AUGAAUGCCGAGGAAAUGAAGCUAGAAGCUUCACGGCACAAUGAUACCUCUUCUAGCUCGGAGGAAGUCCAGACAGAUUCUCCUCUGCAUUGGCCCUGGCUUCGCAAACAUGUUAUAUUGAUUCAAUGCAGCUUCUUCGCUGUCUGUCCCGGUUUCACAAGCUCUAUCUUGAUUCCAGGGACCAAUGAUGUCGCUCAAGAAUUGGGCAUCACCUCCCAAACAGCAACCUAUCUUAUAGCAGUCCAUGUCCUCUUCCUUGGGCUCGCACCAUUCUUCUGGAUUGUUUGCAUGAAUGCCUAUGGGCGCAGACCAAUCCUAAUUACAAGCAUGCUAUUAUCCUGUUUCGCUGCUCUCGGUGGAGGUUUCGCCAAGACGUACGGCGGCCUCAUGACAGCACGUGUAUUUCAGUCGUUCGGAAUCUCAGCAGGCUUUGUUCUACCAGGCGUCAUUGUGGUGGAUCUCUUCAGUGCAGAGCAGCGAGGGCAGAAAAAUGGUAUCUGGGCACAAAUGGUGUCGAUCGGGGCGCCCCUCGGUGGAGUGAUCGGCGGGCCCGUGGUUCGGUAUGCCGGGUGGCAAUGGGUGAUGUGGUUGACUGCAAUAAUGAAUGCUGUUCAAGCAAUGUGCUUUAUUUUGACAUGUCCUGAGACAUCAUACAGUCACCGGAAACAUGGACGCGCCCGGCUUCAACUACAAUAUGUCUUGGAGCCAUUUUUGAUUCUUCAAGCGCCGCAUAUUGUUCUCGUUGCAUUUGCCUAUAGUGUGACUUUCGCCAUUGUUUCUGUGGGGCUCGCGACCAUUGUACCCAUUGCACUCGAGAAAGAAUAUGGAUUUGGUGCGGUCGCGCAAGGGCUGUUCUUCUUCGGGCCUUUGAUUGGCGCUGUGAUCGGCGAGCAGCUAGCAGGCCCGGGGAGCGAUUGGAUUAUGAAGCGAGAGCGACGACGUGCUGCUGUCGCUAUCAACAACAGGCCAGAAUAUCUCGAGCGCCGUCUCAUAGUUGGUCUUCCUGGGGCUGUUAUGGCAGUCGCUGGGAUCUUGAUCUUCGGCUUAACACUGCAAAAUCAUACCCACUGGAUAGGGCCAUGCAUUGGAUUCGGAGUAGCAAAUUUUGGGUUGCAAUUGGCUACGACUCCCCUGAAGACUUAUUGUGUCGACUGCUUGUCCUCCCAUUCGGGUUCUGUGCUUCAACUCAUCAAUGCCAUUCGCCAGAUUAUUUCCUUCACGGUGCCCUUCUGGAGUCCCGAACUGGCGGAUCGCCUUGGCUAUGGAUUAGGGUACGGGAUUGAAGCAAUAAUUUUGGCUACCAUCUUCACGGGCUGUCUCCUGGUGUUAUAUUGUGGUGCCUCUUGGAGAAAAUCAUUGUCAAUUAAAGGGCUCGUAAAGGGCCCCUAG